CUGCUGCUGAAAAAUUAAAGAACCGGUACGUGUUGAUGAGAAGCGGAACUCGCGACGCAGAGAGGGAAUCAAACAAGAGAAGUAGCAUUCCAAUUACUGUCCGACAACUUGAAGCAAUUAUCAGGAUAUCAGAGUCACUUGCCAAGAUGCAGCUACUUCCAUUUGCAACUGACGCACACGUUGACGAGGCACUGAGACUGUUCCAAGUAUCAACACUUGAGGCUGCCAGAUCGGGAAGCCUCUCCGGUGCUGAAGGACUCACUCCUGAAGAGGACGUCGAAGAAGUAAGGAGGAUCGAGCAACAGCUUAAAAGGCGUUUUGCUAUUGGCUCACAGGUGUCUGAGCAGCGUAUCAUUCAAGAUUUUGUUCGUCAGAAACACUCAGAAAGGGCGGUCCAGAUGGUGAUUCAUGUUAUGCUGCGGAGGGGUGAACUAGAGCAUCGUUUUCAACGUAAAGUCUUGUACAGGGUACGAUAAAACUUCAUCUUUUGAAGAUAUUCCCAACGAAUUUGUGUUUGGGCCUUUCUAAAAAGCAGCCGAUACAGGAAAACUGUUGUAGUAUUAAGCAGAAAUUAACACAGUUGUUCAAUCCAUUAAGAUAAUUAUUAAGAAACAAUUUAUUGGAAUUCUUCCACCUGCUGUUGAUUUUUUAAUGUAUCUCCCUGGCACCAUUGAAAUCGGUUUCUAUUUUCUUUUGAUGUAAAAGCUAUUGAGCAUUUUAGGCCUAGGUAAGAGGUCAUGUUCCUGCCAGGUCGAAUUAAAUUAAUGGCUAAAAAGUGGUCAAAUUUGACGCAAAUGCGGUAAAAUUCGACUCUGGAUUUAAAGGUCGAAUUUGAAGAGGCACCAACGCAAAAAUUUGACCCCUGAAAAUUGCAAAAAGAUUCUGGAAGUGGGGACAAAAGUUCUCCCAAAAAGUUGAUUUACAUGCUUUGUAUCACAUACAUGUGGCGAAAAACAAGCGAGAGAAACUAGUACGAUUAUAUUUUUGGUAACCUAGCCCUCGGUUGACAGGGAUUUUUCGGCACAAGGCAAGCUUCUGCCUAGAAGUAAUCGUUCAAAAUUGAUUUGUUUUCAAUUUUCAGCGAGCGUGACGAUCGAUAAUCACACGAUCGCUCAAAUCCACCGGUAUCGGCCUCCAGACGACCCGCAUUUGCAGGCAGUUUCUCCCCUAAUUUAGACCCCCUUUCUGUAUUCCAGAAACAUUGAGGAUUUUUGUGAUAGUCUCCGUUGUUCAUAUAACACACUAGAACGGCGAAAAUAUUUUUUGGCGAUGCCAAUUUUUUUCCGCUGAUGCUUGAUUACGUCGCAUCAAAUUUAAAAGUAGUGCCAAAUAUCUGUACGCUCGCGCUACAUUUCUGGUGUUUUGGCGGGCUUUUUCCAAAUUUAUUGAAACUGCGAUCAAGUUUAUGACGGUUCUUGUGAAUUUUUAUGGCGAGAAAAGGUUGUAACGAACAUCGGUUUUGAAAAAGAAUGCCGGCCCUGUCCACACGUAUCUGGAAAUUCGUGAAAACGCAAACGCAAAUUUUUUUUUCUACGAAUACUUCCUGCGUCCACACGUAUGCAGCGUAUUUUAUGGCCGUAUCCGGAAAUUUUUGGAAACGGUCUUCAGAGUGGACACUUUUUGAUCCGAUACAAAUACGAAUACGUGUGGACGCUUGUAUCCGAAAAUUUUCGAAUACACGACGUCAUUUUCUGGGUUCCAGUUCCUCACUGCUAGUACAAACAAACAUGGAUUACAGAAAGAUUGUAGUGUUAGUUGCCUUGAUUUCUAGUUUAAUAUCAUGCGUUCAGAUAAAUGCAGCUGUAAUGAAUUUACAAAACAAAUACGUACGAGAUAGACAUAAUGUAUUGAAGUUCCUUUCUAUGAGUACUGAACUCCAAAAAGUCAAGAAAAGAGGAAAACAUCGACGAAGGCGAUUCUGGACGCGACCUGGAAGGACAAGCGCAUGGUGGGACAAGGACGCAAAAGGAUGGCGCGAAAAUAUUAGUCAUGCGCAUGCUCACUUAAGGAUUAUCUCCCGCAAAAGAACUGGGCACUAGAGCGAAUCCGACAAUUUCCGGAUACAAGUGGACACGUGUAGACGCCUGAAAACGAUUCGAAUACGCUCCGUGUGGACGCGAAAAUGUUCGUACCCGAAAAGAAAUAGUUGCGGGAAAAAAACUUCCCGGAUACAUGUGAUAAGACUAUAUUUCCGAACAAUAAAAAUUGAACGUUUGCAAUAAAUUUGAUCGCCUUGUUUCAGCACAAUGCGAUGCAAGUUUACGGUUGCCCAGGCACGAAAAGUUUAAAGUCUUGAUAUAUCUCUUUGUAAAAAGGCAUCCCUUGAAGAAAAACUAUCUCAGGGAAUGAGGACUUCAUGCAAAAAGGGUUCAAACAACUGACAAUUUAUUCAACGCAUACACUGUUGGUUAAUUACCAUUUAAACUGCUGCUACUAUGUGGAACACAUCUUUGAUCAAUUCAAUUCAACGCAGCAGAAAAGUGACCUUCAAAUCGAGUUGCGUUACUGCCGUUUAUGCGACAAGCCUGGUGAUCUUUUUUAUAUUAAUUCUUUGAUUUAAAGUUUCCAAAACCAAGUCUUGAAGGGGCUUUGAGAAUGACAAUAUCUCCUGCCAUUUUCUAAAACUGGCCUUACCUCAUAUUGAGAACGCUUUGGCCUGUUUGUUCAAUACAUCACUUGAAACUAACAUUUUUCCAGAUUCAUGGAAAUUGGCCAGAGUUACCCCAGUUUUUAUAGAAGGGGGCAAAACUGAUAAGUCUAACUAUCGCCCAAUAUCAGUUUUACCUGUUAUCUCAAGGCUCUUGGCUUGAACCUGUACGGCUGCCAGGCCUAAUUCCGGGCCCGUUGUGGCGUUGCUUCCAGGAAAUGUGGUCCCAGGUUGUCUGAGACUGCUGCUGAAAAAUUAAAGAACCGGUACGUGUUGAUGAGAAGCGGAACUCGCGACGCAGAGAGGGAAUCAAACAAGAGAAGUAGCAUUCCAAUUACUGUCCGACAACUUGAAGCAAUUAUCAGGAUAUCAGAGUCACUUGCCAAGAUGCAGCUACUUCCAUUUGCAACUGACGCACACGUUGAUGAGGCACUGAGACUAUUCCAAGUAUCAACACUUGAGGCUGCCAGAUCGGGAAGCCUCUCCGGUGCUGAAGGACUCACUCCUGAAGAGGACGUCGAAGAAGUAAGGAGGAUCGAGCAACAGCUUAAAAGGCGUUUUGCUAUUGGCUCACAGGUGUCUGAGCAGCGUAUCAUUCAAGAUUUUGUUCGUCAGAAACACUCAGAAAGGGCGGUCCAGAUGGUGAUUCAUGUUAUGCUGCGGAGGGGUGAACUAGAGCAUCGUUUUCAACGUAAAGUCUUGUACAGGGUACGAUAAAACUUCAUCUUUUGAAGAUAUUCCCAACGAAUUUGUGUUUGGGCCUUUCUAAAAAGCAGCCGAUACAGGAAAACUGUUGUAGUAUUAAGCAGAAAUUAACACAGUUGUUCAAUCCAUUAAGAUAAUUAUUAAGAAACAAUUUAUUGGAAUUCUUCCACCUGCUGUUGAUUUUUUAAUGUAUCUCCCUGGCACCAUUGAAAUCGGUUUCUAUUUUCUUUUGAUGUAAAAGCUAUUGAGCAUUUUAGGCCUAGGUAAGAGGUCAUGUUCCUGCCAGGUCGAAUUAAAUUAAUGGCUAAAAAGUGGUCAAAUUUGACGCAAAUGCGGUAAAAUUCGACUCUGGAUUUAAAGGUCGAAUUUGAAGAGGCACCAACGCAAAAAUUUGACCCCUGAAAAUUGCAAAAAGAUUCUGGAAGUGGGGACAAAAGUUCUCCCAAAAAGUUGAUUUACAUGCUUUGUAUCACAUACAUGUGGCGAAAAACAAGCGAGAGAAACUAGUACGAUUAUAUUUUUGGUAACCUAGCCCUCGGUUGACAGGGAUUUUUCGGCACAAGGCAAGCUUCUGCCUAGAAGUAAUCGUUCAAAAUUGAUUUGUUUUCAAUUUUCAGCGAGCGUGACGAUCGAUAAUCACACGAUCGCUCAAAUCCACCGGUAUCGGCCUCCAGACGACCCGCAUUUGCAGGCAGUUUCUCCCCUAAUUUAGACCCCCUUUCUGUAUUCCAGAAACAUUGAGGAUUUUUGUGAUAGUCUCCGUUGUUCAUAUAACACACUAGAACGGCGAAAAUAUUUUUUGGCGAUGCCAAUUUUUUUCCGCUGAUGCUUGAUUACGUCGCAUCAAAUUUAAAAGUAGUGCCAAAUAUCUGUACGCUCGCGCUACAUUUCUGGUGUUUUGGCGGGCUUUUUCCAAAUUUAUUGAAACUGCGAUCAAGUUUAUGACGGUUCUUGUGAAUUUUUAUGGCGAGAAAAGGUUGUAACUAACAUCGGUUUUGAAAAAGAAUGCUGGCCCUGUCCACACGUAUCUGGAAAUUCGUGAAAACGCAAACGCAAAUUUUUUUUUCUACGAAUACUUCCUGCGUCCACACGUAUGCAGCGUAUUUUAUGGCCGUAUCCGGAAAUUUUUGGAAACGGUCUUCAGAGUGGACACUUUUUGAUCCGAUACAAAUACGAAUACGUGUGGACGCUUGUAUCCGAAAAUUUUCGAAUACACGACGUCAUUUUCUGGGUUCCAGUUCCUCACUGCUAGUACAAACAAACAUGGAUUACAGAAAGAUUGUGGUGUUAGAGAUAAAUGCAGAUAAAUGCGUUCAGAUAAAUGCAGCUGUGAUGAAUUUACAAAACAAAUACGUACGAGAUAGACAUAAUGUAUUGAAGUUCCUUUCUAUGAGUACUGAACUCCAAAAAGUCAAGAAAAGAGGAAAACAUCGACGAAGGCGAUUCUGGACGCGACCUGGAAGGACAAGCGCAUGGUGGGACAAGGACGCAAAAGGAUGGCGCGAAAAUAUUAGUCAUGUGCAUGCUCACUUAAGGAUUAUCUCCCGCAAAAGAACUGGGCACUAGAGCGAAUCAGACAAUUUCCGGAUACAAGUGGAUACGUGUAGACGCCUGAAAACGAUUCGAAUACGCUCCGUGUGGACGCGAAAAUUUUCGUACCCGAAAAGAAAUAGUUGCGGGAAAAAACUUUCCGGAUACGUUUCAGCACGAUGCGAUGCGAGUUUGCGAGUUUACGACAGAAAAGUGACCUUCAAAUCGAGUUGCGUUACUGUCGUUUUAUGCGACAAGCCUGGUGAUCUUUUAUAUAUUAAUUCUUUGAUUUUCCAAAACCAAGUCUUGAAAGGGCUUUGAGAAUGACAAUAUCUCCUGCUAUUUUCUAAAACUGGCCUUACCUCAUAUUGAGAACGCUUUGGCCUGUUUGUUCAAUACAUCACUUGAAACUAACAUUUUUCCAGAUUCAUGGAAAUUGGCCAGAGUUACCCCAGUUUUUAAAGAAGGGGGCAAAACUGAUAAGUCUAACUAUCGCCCUAUAUCAGUUUUACCUGUCAUCUCAAGGCUUUUGGCUUUUGUAAACUUCACUCUACCGUAACAUGUUUGCUUGAAAACACUGAUGACUGGUAUAAAGGACUAGAUUUGGGGAAGCUAGUGGGAUUAGUUUUUAUUGACCUGACAAAGGCAUUUGACACGGUUGACCAUGGCAUACUAUGCAAAAAGCUGGUGUUUUAUGGUAUUCAGCAACAGCCGUUAGAAUGGUUUAAAUCAUACCUUUACAACCGGAAGCAAUACUCUAGGGUAAACGGUGUUGAUUCAUCAAUUAUGGAAAUAAAUGUUGGUGUACCCCAAGGCUCAUGUCUUGGACCCCUUUUAUUCCUCAUUUAUAUAAACGACCUCCCACUAGCUGUCCAGAAAACAAAUGUGUCUAUGUAUGCAGAUGAAACGGGUCUUUGCCAUCAAUCGCAUAAUAUCACUCAGCUGAAUGAGGCCAUCAAUAAUGACCUUGCACACGUUGAAAAAUGGCUCAGAGGCAACAAACUUUCACUGAAUGUAAUGAAAACACAUGCCCUGCUUAUUUCCACCAAACCUAAGCAUAAAUCAUUAAAGAAUCAAGACGAAUCUUUAAAGGUAAAAAUUCAAAACAAUGAGCUGGAUGUUGUUCAAAAAGCCAAAUAUCUUGGAGUACAGAUCGAUAACACACUAGAUUGGAAGGAACACACUAAAACAAUUUCUUCCAAGGUCUCCAGAGAAAUUGGCUUUUUGAAGCAUGCAAAAUCCUUUCUGCCAAAAGAAACUCUGAAGACUAUGUACACAAGUAUUUUAGAGCCACACUUACCUUGUUGUGGUCUUACCGAAAUCAAACGCUUACAAAAACUACAAAACCUGGCUGCUCGUAUUGUAAUUGGCAGCAGUUUUGAUGCACCGAGCCAACCACUCAUAAAAGAGCUGAGCUGGAGGACCAUAGACGAGCUAAUCACUAAUGAGUCAAAUAUCACAGAAAAAUCCAAGUUAAAUUCUAGGAAUCUUAGAAUACAUCAACUGACCUAAGGCUACCAAAUAAAAACUCUACCAAAAAUUUCUGUAAGUAUUUUAAGUGGAGGGCCCCUUGAAAAUCAGCAUUGCUGAAGAGCUACCCUCCUUAAACAUUUCAAAUGAAUGAAAUAAAAUGAAAUGAAGUUGGCAGUUAAAAUAUAUAGCUUUAAAGCUAAUUGAGGCCAACUUUUAAAACAAAAUAGAUACAAAUGAACGCAAAAUACAACUUGUGAUAAAAAGUCUAAGUUUGGAUAAAAUAUCUUACACGAUUUGCAGUUGCAAGCUAGGAAUUUAUGGGCUUUAAUGAGUUUUUUGAAUAUCUGAAUAUCUGAAGGGAUUCUGAAUUUUUCAUUUCUGGCGUUAAUGUCUCCCAUAAUUUUUCCCAUAAAUCUCUGUAUCGAUUCCAGGGCAAGUUGUUUUCGCAACUAAUUAUUAUCAAUACUGCCGUCGCAUCAAUUGUUUAUUGGGGCAAUUGAUUAAAAGGUCGUAUUUAAUUGAUACUUCGUUUUUUAAUUGAAUUGAAUUUGACGAGACAGAAUUACGACCAUUAAGCUACGCCUUAAUGAGGUGCGAUGGCUCUUCUUGAAUUUGGUCUACGUCACGAGUUGAUUCAUUUCUGAAUCGGCAUUCACCGGCUGGUAAUUCUAGUAAUAUGAAAACCCAACCCUCUAUUCAACCGAUGGAGAAUUUAUAUACCUGCUGUUCCUCCAAAUAUCAUUUUACGACGGCAGUGCGUCCGGCAGAGAAGACGCGAAAAUGGCAAAAACCACGUGAGUAUCUUUUGUUAUUUAAAGUAUCUAGUUUAAGUAAGUUUUUCACAACAUUUUUAAAUUCUUUAAGGUCCUUAACCUUCAAACCUGUUAAAUUAUUUUAUGAUGCGUUUACAGCACCUUUCUUGCAAUGUCCCAGUAUUAAGGAACAAGACGAAAUAUAAUUCAAAAUUAAAGCUGCAAACCAGGCAUGUUUGAUGAUGUUUGAUUCUUGAACUUGUACCGAGAGAUGAAAUAGUUUAAGAUCGAGUGUGGCUUCGGGGUGCAAGAAGUACCAUAAAAAAAUCAAUAACAGCGAGUUGUUAUUUCUAAUGAAAUGAAAUCAUACAACUGUCUUAUAUCUACCGUAAAACAUUGACAAACUUUUACGUUUGCUGAGUUUAAGCAAUACCUUAACAUCAAGGGCGAAACAUUUUUCAUGUGUUUUUCGACAUUAGCAGUCUUUUAAAAAAUAUUCCUCUGAGUGCUCUGUGCCGGGCGAGCUUGAUAGCCCACCAUUCCCAGAGGAGGUAUUCAUCGAGGAGCUGAUGGAGACUGAGACACGUUCAGUUGAAUAUAUAUAAUCUAUCUUGUGCUUUCGGCCCUUAUUCAAAAGUUUUAUACUCUGAAGAGUGUCAGACAAAAAAGCUUUUAGUAUGUUGUAAAAUGUAAUGUAAAUCUGUUUUAUUUUACAGGCCUGCUUUACAUGUUUAAUUUGUCUAACCUAUGAUAGUGUACAUUGGUCAAUCAUAUCCCAAACAUUUUACCAAACGCCAUUGUUUGUUGAUCCAACUUGAGAACGUUGACAUUUUCUAAUAUUCACAAUGCAGAAGGUUAUGAAAAGUCUCUUACCAUUUUUAAACAUUACUGUUUAUUGUGUUUCUAGGCUGACAGUGUUGUUUUACUUGCCAUUACUUGCACAGUCGACGAUACUCCGUCUCCCUUGUCAAACCUUUGCCGAAUUCACAGUGUUCCACAUGGGCAAAGCUCUUAAAGGCCACAUAAUCAAAACGGAACGCGAUGUGGACGACAUUGGAUGCACGAGGAAGUGCGUGGAGCACCACAAAUGUCGAUCAUACAACUUAAACGUGCAGACCAAAGAGUGCCAGCUCAACGAAAGGCGACAUGGAGAAAACGGUACGCAGUUGGUUGAUGCUCCUGGUUGGUUGUACAAAUCGACUGAUUACAGCAAAAAGUUGAUUGGUGCGACAUGCCGAGCUCUCAACCCAUGUCCUUCUCACAUCCUAUGCAGAGAUAAAUGCACAAGCCCGUUUUAUGAAUGCGUUUAUUGCGAUGAAAACCAUCAUGGGUUGCACUGUGACAUUCCACUUGAUAAAAACGACUGCGAGAAGAAUCCUUGUCAGAAUGGCAAGUGUGUGGAUGAACAUGCCAGUCAUUUUUGCCUUUGUGAUCCAGGCUUUACGGGAAGGAAUUGUGAAUCAGGUAAAUGGUGGAAUUGACUUCUACUUGGUUUUGUUUGUUUAACACUAGUAUUGGCACAGAAAAUCAAGAUCUGAGAAAGAAAUGGUUUCUUGUGUUCUUGAGGUAACCUUGUUUAUCACACGACAAAGUAAAAAUCACGGUAAUUGUGUCAAUUUUCCUCAAACAGGCAUCAAGUCUUUGUUUUGAUUGACUCUUUGAUGCAGGGCCACUGUGCCUUUUCCCAGUUACUAAGCACCAAAUUAGUAUUAGUGCUGUCAGCUUGGUUAUGCUUUGGUCGAGAAUCUGACUUUGACUUCAUUUUACAUUAAUCAUUGAAUAAAUUGAAGAUUAAUUAGCCGACAUUAAUUUCAUGGCG